CUUUUCAUCAUUAGAUUACAUUAGUUCUAAGACCGUUGCGACCGAAAUGCAAAACGAAAUUGGAAUUGUAAUAGACAAUGGUUCGGGAAUGGUUAAGGCCGGAUUUGCUGGAGACGACGCCCCUAGAUCCGUCUUUCCAGCAAUAGUAGCAAGACCGCGAUAUGUGAGCAUUAUUGUCGGUAUGGGUAAUAAAGACGCUUAUGUCGGAGACGAAGCUCAGGCAAAACGCGGUAUUCUUAGCAUCCAGUAUCCAAUAGAGCAUAGUAUUGUAACCAAUUGGGAAGAUAUGGAAAAAAUUUGGCAUCAUACUUUCUAUAAUGAGCUCAGAGUAGCCCCUGAAGAGCACCCUGUACUUCUUACUGAAGCCCCCCUAAAUCCUAAGGCAAAUAGGGAAAAGAUGACAGAAAUAAUGUUUGAAAAGUUCCGGGUUACCGGAAUGCAUGUUCAAAUACAAGCAGUUUUGUCCCUAUAUUCGGCAGGGAGAACGACAGGAAUAGUAUUUGAUUCUGGGGAUGGCGUUAGUCAUACGGUUCCAGUUUAUGAUGGUUAUUCCCUGCCACAUGCAAUAGAUCGUCUUGAUUUAGCUGGCAGGGAUAUUAGCCAAUAUUUAAGUAGGAUUCUUAGUGAAAGGGGAUACUCACUUAAAACGAGCAGUGAAAUGGAAAUAGUUCGAGAUAUAAAAGAGAAAUUGUGCUACGUGGCAUCGAAUUUCGAUGAAGAACUUCGAAUAGCCAACUCGUCUUCAAGCUUAGAAAAGUCGUAUGAAUUACCCGACGGACAAAUUAUAACUAUAGCAGAUGAGAGGUUUAGAGCCCCUGAACUGUUAUUUCGUCCAGCCCUUGCCGGUUUAGAGAUAAAAGGAGUUCAAGAGAUGAUUUAUGAUUCUAUAUUUAGAUGUGACGUCGAUAUACGAAGAGAACUUUUUUCUAAUGUCGUACUUUCAGGUGGAUCUACUAUGUAUCCAGGAAUGGCUGAUAGGGUUCAGAGGGAAUUGAUGAGCAUGACACCAAGUAAUGUUAAAUUAAGAGUGAUAGCCCCUCCAGAGAGGAAGUAUUCAGUUUGGAUCGGAGGUUCGAUACUGGCCAGCUUAUCAACAUUUGAAGAAAUGUGGAUAUCCAAAGGAGAAUACGAUGAAUUCGAACCUUGCAAUUUCCGCCCUCUUAUUUCUUUUCCUUUAUCACCAAGUGACAUAAAAAAGCUAUUACAAGGUGGUUUUCAAACUGUUGGAAAUAUUUUUGAUUAUAGCCCAAAGCAGUUAUCAACGGAAUUAGAAAUAGACGAGGAAGAUGCGAAGAGAAUAUUAGAUAUAAUUAGAAAAAGACAACAGCCUAAAAUUAGUUGUCCACCCCGUCAAAGCGAAUGUCCUUCAAUCAUGACUUUUUCCUAUCACCUAGAUGCCUUAUUGGGUAACGGAUUCCUUGUCGGUCACUUAACGGAAAUUGUUGGGCCGCCUGGUAUUGGAAAAACUCAACUGUGUAUGCAGAUUUGCGUUAAUGUUCAGUUACCGAAUUUCGUCAGGGGUUUAGAAAGCGAAAGCAUGUUUAUUGAUACCGAAGGUAGUUUUACAGCAUCAAGGAUGAAUCAGAUUGCUGCUGCAACGGUACGACAGUGUAAGAAUAUACACGCUCCAAUGCCUCAAGAAAACAGGACGAAAUUAGAUUCUUUGGAGACGGAAAACUUACUAUUCAGCACUCAUUAUCAAAGGGUUCUAGGGUACUUGGAAUUAAAAGCAAUCGUUAACUGCUUAGCAUCAUAUAUAGAAUCAAAUAAAAAGAUUCGAUUAAUCGUCAUCGACAGCAUAGCGUUUCCAAUUCGUUGCGAGAAAAUAGAGCAAAGAAGAUCUACAACAGAAUUGGUUGAUAUCACGCAAAAACUAUUUAACGUUGCCCAAAAGUAUUCCGUAGCUAUAGUAGUAACAAAUCACGUUACUGUGGAACAUAACGCAGCAUUGGGCGAACAAUGGAAUCACUUAUGCAAUUCAAGGCUUCAACUAUCUUGGAAUGGAACUUGCCGUCUAGCAACGUUAAAAAAGCAUCCAUAUUUGCCGUUAAAAACAACCCCUUUUCAAGUUGUUGAAAACGGAAUUCGUGAUUGCAGAAAGGCAGAUUUAAACGAAAAUAAGGAUAAUUAUUAUCAAUAUAAUUACUUGAAUAGGGUCAAUAUUGAAUAA